CUAACGGAUUUGCUGAUCGAUUACCGAUCUGACAAGACAAAGUAGAUUCCUAUUCACUGCUAUUUCUUCAUAUCGGAUAGUUCUUUUUGUCCUCCUGCUUUUAAUCUCUUCGGGAAACAUGACCACAGGAGCAGCUUUUCUUUUCCGCCUGUUGAAGCGCAACUGAACCUCCUUGUUUGUUUUUCGCAGCGGAGAGAGAGAGAGAGAGAAAAAAGUAAGAAUUUGAUUUGAUCAGCUGCUAAUACUUGAAUUUAAAAAGCAUUUUGAAAUGGAAGAACAAUUGCACUUUCACACGACAAUUAGAAGAGGAAUUCAUUUUAAAAAAGCGGCCCGGGUUUAGUUUCCACAGCGGAAAUGAGAUCAGUCCGUUCGCCUGGCUCCACUUUUUCUGAAACAUGGUGGAUGUAACUCUGUUGCUUCAGGAUCUGUCAUUAUCGGACUUCUGAAAACCUUUAAUUUGAUAGUUAUUUAUAUAAUUGAGGGAAAGAUGUUUGCUGGGCUGAUGGGGCUCGACUGUCACCUGAACUCUCUGCAUCACCUCUGCGAAAACACUGAAGGUGGCAAAGUAUCUGGGACAGCUGGCAGCUCUGGCCGUAAGAGGCUGCACAGGAGACCAGGGUACAUGAGAGGAGAGCAGGCCAGGCUGCAGUGCACUGCUCAUGCUCAGGACGAAGAGGAAGACGAAGAAGAGGAGGAGGAGAGCAUUGCUUGCAUUAGGAAUGGAAAAUCUGGAUGCCCCACUGACAUCACUAAAGCAACCAGAGUUCAACAGUUAAGUCAAGCUCCUACCGUCAAAGUGUCUUUAAUGAGUGAUCUACAUCACAAGCGAUCCACGUAUAGUUCUUCAGAGAGUAAUAAUUUGGCUGGCCCUUCAAAUGGAGUUCAAACCACAUCGGAUGAACUCAGUCCAAGCCUUCAAUCUUCAUCUGAGGUCGUUUUUAACUCAAGUUUUAGCUUCAUCCAGCAGUCUCUAAACAGCAACCAGAAUACAGACUCUGCUAGGCUGCCACAGGAACCAGAACCAACAAAUCAACAAGUUAAUUUAGAGACAAAAACAGAGGAAAUCACCACCAAAUCCAGCCAGGUCCAUAAGGAAGAACGUUCACAUGGUGGGAGAUGUUGGCGGGACUGUCUGUGGACUGGCAAGGAGGAAAUGUCCCACCUCCCGAACUCUGAGUCCCACUCUCUCGACAUAGAGGUCAUUUCCUCCCUGUCGGUGGACUCGGACACAGCCUCAGCCUCCUCUGUCACCUCCGGCUACGAGAGCGCGACGCCUGCCACAGAGCAAGGCUGGGACAGCCUGGUGAAGACGUACGACGGCGUCCUGCAGGACUGCCUCCAGAACAACCGCACUUACACCAAGAUCGAGUCCAUGAUGUUGAAGCUGCAGAGGCUCCAGCAGAAAGCCAUUCUGGAUGACGACUACGACGGAGCUGAGCGCUUUGGGAAGAAGCUGGAGGAGCUCUGCAGAGAGCGCGGCGCUCUCAAACUGGGUUUACCCUCCAUGCAGCCCAGCGUUGCCCACUUCCUGGAUAGACUCUCGAAGGUGGUGCACAGCGCCCUCCAUAGGGAAGACUGCUGUCAUCGCAGAGAGAGAUCAGAACCAGACUCAGUGGAGCAGUCUGACCCAAUGCAGCGGAGGGAUCACUUGAUUCAAGAAAAACAUCAAGUUGAGGAGGAAAUUGAGAAGCUGCAGACGAAGCUGGUGCAGCUGAAGGAUCGGAGUCGAUAUCUGGAGCAGCUGGUCCAGCAGGAGGAGCAGCGGGCCGAGGCCGUGGAGCUGGAGGGGUCGGUGCUGCGGAGCUGCACCGUGGCCCAGCUCCGGGACAUGAGCCACACCCUGCAGGACCUCAUCUCGUCUGAAAACCGCACACAGAUCUCCAUCUCUCCUCCACCUUCAACGCUCAGACUCCAGGAACAGGAACAGGCGCUGAACCUUUCCAUGAAGGAAGCUACAGCCAAGGUGGUCAUGAGUCAGAGGCUGGGCAGCAGCCUAAGGAGGAAAGUCAGCGAGACUGAAACGCAGCUCUUGGCUCUGCACGAAGCCAAACUGGCGGCCAUAUCUGGUAAUGACUUCGGCUGUGCCAAGGAGCUGAAGGCGGAGAUGAAGGCGGUGUACAUGGAGCGGGACCGCCUGGAGGCGCUGGCCAGGCGGCUGCACAACCUCAGCUCGGGCAGCAGCCAGGAGCUGGCCAGGAUGAAGGAGCAGCGGCAGCAGCUCAGACUGGAGCUAGAGCACAGGGAGGCCCUGCAUGAAAGCCGGCUGAAAGAGAACGCCACCAAGUAUGUGGAGCUGCUGGAGGACAGGCUGCAGAGCUGCGGCUGUCCCGGUUUGGAGCGGAUCUGUGAAGCCGACCUGGAAGCGUGUCACCUGUUCCUUCGAGGCCUGCAGGUGCGAACCUCCAGCUGCGGGGGCUCAGACAUGGAUGAUGUCCCCGAUCCUGCAGUUUAUACCUCCACCCAGCCCUGCACCAAAGAAGAAGAAGACUGCGCCAUGCUGACUGCGUUAGGAGGCCGCUGGUGUCCUGAGGCCAACUUGCAGAACUCAGAGUUCACAAAGAAGCUGGAGGAGUUUUUGUUCUGCAUGGAGGAAAACCACCCAGAGGAUGUGUGCAGUGAGGCCGACGCUACAGACCUGACGGAGCACUGCGAGCUGAUUGGUGACAGACUGAUCGCCUUGGAGGACAAACUGCAGACGGCUUUACUGAAUCGGGACCAAGCCCUCACCCAGUGUUUGGAAAAAGAAGUUCAGGAGGUGAAAUCCACCUUACAGCGCAUGCUAACGCAGCUCCAGGUAGAAGAACAGCAGGAGGACGACAUAGAUGUGUCGGAUGAGCUGGUGAAAAGCGAAACUAGGGUGAAAGUAAAGGCAGAAGAAGAAGAAGAUGAGGAAGAAGACGAGGAAGAAGAAGAGGACCAGUACUUCAGUGACAGCUGGGAUAUUUGAGAUAGACACCUGUAGAGUUUUGGGAGCGCAUACACUAGUGGCUUGAUGAGAGCGUAGCCUCAGCGCAGCAGCAGAUGUGACCUCAAAUCAGGGUUACACUUUAUUUGAUGGGUUGUGAAUAAGACCAAACUUAUUCGAUUAAACUUAAUCUUUAAUAACAUGAAGCUACAUCAUUUUUAAACUUUCAUCAGUAAUACCUCUAUAACAAAUUUAUGUCAGAUGAUUUCUUGGUUAAUGUCUAGUUGUCAUGACAAAAGCAUUUUGAAUAAUGUUAACUUUGUAACUUUCAUGAUUUACUGAAUGACACUUUAUGAUAACAGUCAUAAAUAUUCAUGAAGACUCACUCAUGUUCAUGACCGGUGUUAUGUCAUGUUUAUGACGGUGUCAUGACAGUCUUAUUCACAACUUGUCAAAUAAAGUGUUACCCAAAUCAGUUUACUGUACAGCUUUACAACCACCUUAUGUGCUGUUAUAUACUUCUAAAAGUAUAAACUUCAUUCUGCCAUUCUAAAGGUUUAAAUUCAGUGAACCUCGCUGCAGAACAUCAAAUCUUACCAAGUAUUUUUGUUUAGUUUGUAGUGCUAAUGAAUAGAACUCCACUGGCAGAUUAUUUAAUAAUCUAGCACUUUUUUCAUCCAUAUUAAGGAAUUAUUGACUUAAUACAAGCUUCUGAAAUGUUGCUUAAUAUUUAGGUUUGUUCUAUUUUAAAUUUAAUAAGAUAUUUGCACUAGGAAACUAAAAAAAUACUUGAUUAGAUUUUGUGUUUUUUCAGUGCUUUUUCGCAUUUUUCCAUGUUAUGACCACAAACCUGCAAGUAUUUUGACCUGGGUUUUAUUUGUUAAACCAUCACACACUAUUUAUUAUAAAAGUGAUGCCUGGAUUAAAUCUAUACUGCAGCCCCUUGAAUUCACAGCUUUUGCUAUUUGUGUUUUGUCUCUGCCAGCUCUGCAAAUCUGGAUGCGGACUUUAAAAAAAAAAAAAACAAUUUUCUCAAGCUCAGUUACAUUUUAUGGAGCGAAGCUCUGAAGAUAAAUUUUAAAGUUUUACUGCGAAUUCUCAAAAGUUUGGAGUUUUCGAUCCCAUUUUGAUCUAAACCAUUCAAUUAUAGAUUCAGAUUGUUUUACGUUUUAAAGUACAUAAAUCAACAGAUUUUUCUUCCUAAUUUCCUCCACUAUUUCCCAUUAGAACUGUGGUUCUAAUGUGAAAUUGUUUAAGAAUGUCAAUGGUUUUACCAAUGUAAACUGAACAAUACUAAAGAUUUGAAGAAUAAAAUAUGUUUGUAAGACACAUUCUAGUUUUUAAAACCACUUUGGAUCUUUUUUCAGGACCAAUUUUGUGACAUUUUGUUUUUAUAUGAAGUUUUAGUGUUGGUCUUAAUUUUGUGGACCAGCAGAGUCAGAGCUUUUUGAAGAGUAUUUAACCUCUGGACUCGAAGCUGCCAUGGACAAUCUGAACACUUUUAACUGUCAACUUGUUUUUUUUGGGGGGGUUUGCACACUAACUAAAAGUUAUCUUAUUUUAACUACUUUUUCCUGUGUUUUUUCCUGUAUUUGCACAUAAUGGUGUUCAUUGAGGAACUAAUUUUUGAGGUGCUACAAAAUGUGAGUUAACUUAAAACAUUUUAUUUUACACUUUGUGUGGAGAAAUGCAAUAUUUAGGUUUUUUUUUUUUUUUAUGCAAGAAAUGU